AUGUUUUCUUGUACAGUACCGGUAGAGCCCAGCAAUCCAAAUCGUACUUUGGUCGUUGGUACUAUUAUGGGUCAAAUCGGAGUUGUCACUUGGGAAGGAUAUGACACGUAUCCACAAGAUGGAAACGUAGAAGAAUGCACACAUAUAUGGUGGGGACAAAUACAUGAUGGUCCGAUCAACUGCAUCAAGAGAAAUGUGUUUUUGCCUGAUAUUCAUUUGGUCUGUGGUGGGAAAGUAGCGUCCAUUUGGAGUUUGAAAUACAAUAAUGGUCCAAUUUGGUGGAAACGUUUCAAUGAUUUUACAAACAGCGUUUUAUGGUCCACCACUCAUCCCGCGAAAUUUCGCGUGUCUUUCAACAACAGGCGUUAUACAAUUUUGGAAUCUCGGUUGCACACGCAUCAACCAUACUAUAUAGCAGAUAUUUUCCUCAAAGAUGGGCUAAUAGCAUCUUUGUCGUCACCGUAUCCAGCAUCAUGUUACAUGGGCAUAGAUAGCUUAAUGUUUGCUGAUGGUGUAAGCGAUAUGAUGAACUACAAGAAAAACAGGAUUAUUUGCUUUUCGGAUUCCGCCGGGACAGUAAUGGUAAUGACCAUACGUGCAACGAUACUGAAACCAAACGAAAUUGAAGAAGUCGGAAGCCGAUUCCAGAAGGAGUUGGAUUGGUUAACAGAGUUGGACGAUUGGAACGAUAUGUACAAAAGAAUAUUUGGUCCAUUGGGAGAAUACGACGUGGACGAUCAUGAUCACAAGGCAAUGCAAUCCGAUGAAGAACUACAUGCGGUUGAAAGUGAAUUAAUUCAACCAAUAUUGUCACAAAAUCAAACAAAGAAAACGAUUUGUGACGAAACAUUCAACUGGUAUAUAAAUCGGAGAGGACCGCAAACACGUUUGGGUAAAUUGAAAGACGAGUACAUACAACGAGAAAAGCGAUAUAUGGUUGAGGCUAUGAUGAAAAAAAAGAAUGUUACUCAAAAACAAUUCGAUGAAUAUUACGAUGGAAUCAUGAAUAAAAGUGACAGUAAAACUGAGGAGAUUUCAAAAAUAAGAUCCGAAGCCGAUAAAAAGUAUAGGGACAUUAUAAAUAAAUUAUUGGCUGCUGAUCAUACAGACGAAUAUAAAUUCGACGCUGGUUUAAAAAGAAAAACUGUACUGGCAGACCAAAAAUUAUUAAAUGUAGAACUUCAAAAACUGGGGACAUAG